AUGCCCCUAGAGACAGUAGUUUAUCAGGAUUCAGACUUGAACACUGUGAUAUACCCAACGUCCUCAGACUCAACACUGUCUCCACACUUCACCACCGACAGGGGAGUUCUACUACCGGGGGAGGACUCUGUAGUUGAAAUAAUGGAAGAAGAAGACGUAGAUGAAUACCGUCUCCCACCUUGCGAUAUCAUACCACUCUGCCUAGGCAUUUACUCGGCUAUCAGGAAUCCCAUCUAUGGCGUCAGUCCCAGCGACGCUCUCUGGUUCAAAGAUCCUGUGAUUCUACCCUCCGGCAGCUCUCCACGUCGAUCCAUCGGUUACCUUCCCCCAAGUGUAGAUGCUGCCCUAAGACGAGAUGAACCCAAGGCAUGGCCAGAACCGCUUCCUAGGGAGUCGGACAAAGGCAGUGCGCUUGUCAAACUUCGUGCUAUCUUUGAGGCCAUAGUAUAUCUCAACUUGACUUACGGUGUAUUGCACAGAGAGCUGUUUGAGCUUAUAAAAGUAACUUCCCGAGCAAUUGGUGGCACGGUAUUAAAUGCGCAUUUUACUGCUAUCGAGGACCCUAGAUUCCAAAUGCAAAUCGGAUUGAUUAAGAAGUGGUUGAGGGGAAGACAGGGGGAAUUUUUGCGAGUCCUCGAUGAGAUGGGCUGGCUGUUUGAAAAGUCUAGGGACGAGCUCAGCCGCAUGCAUACUGGUAGGCAUUACGGCGGUGGCCUACGGGAAAGAAAGGUAGUCCGGAGAAGGGCGAGUGACGGAUGCUGA